AUCAUGAGUGCUUGACCAAGCUUGACGUUAUUAAAUUAUAAUGUCCCUUAAAAAAAGUUUAAUUGUAGUAAUCUACAUUUUAGCAUGUUCUGAACUAUGUAAAAGUGAAUCACAUAAAAUUGUGAUAGUUGGCGCAGGUUUAUCUGGGAUGUCCACUGGUGCAAAAUUGAUGGAAAAUGGUAUUGAUGAUUUCGUGAUUCUUGAAGCAGAAGAUCGUAUCGGAGGAAGAAUUCAUAGUGUACCAUUUUCUAAUGGAUUUGUUGAUCUUGGAGGUCAGUGGAUUCAUGGCGAAAAAGGCAACGCGAUCUUUGAAAUGGUUCGUGGCAAUUUUGAUCUCGGAAAUGAUCAGUUCUACGAAAAUUUAAUGGAUUUUCGGUUAUCAAAUGGAAAGUUCGCUAAUCCGGAACAGAGUAAUAAUUUGUUUGCUAUUCUGUAUAACCUUUAUGAAGAAGCAUAUUCUCCCGGUGUAAAAAAUGUAUCUCUUGGAGAAAUAUUAGAAACUGGCUAUGAGAAAAUAUUAAAACUUCUCAGUGAAGAUGAAGUUGUCGAUGAAAAUUUAGCAAAACAAGUGUUUGAUUUAUUUCUCAAACAACAGAAUGCAAACUACGCUUCAAAUUCACUCUAUGAUGUGUCUGCAAUUUACAAUAAUUAUACUCAAGAAUGUGAAGGAAAUCAAACGAUAACAUGGAAAACAAAAGGAUUUAAAUCAGUCUUUGAUUUUAUUACUAAAAAACUUCCAGACCCUUCAAAAUUUCUCAAUGUCGAAAGCAAAGUUCAACUUAAUAAGCAAGUCAUUAAUAUAAAUUGGGACAUAGACUCAAAUUAUACAGAAGAAGUUAAAGUUACUUGUAGUGAUGGUUCAACUUAUACUGCUGAUAUUGUCGUCUUCACAGGUUCACUUGGCGUAUUGAAAGCACGUCAUGAAAAGCUUUUCACUCCAAAAUUACCAGAAAAUAAAAUUAAAGCUAUUGAAAAUAUUGGAUUUGGAGUUUUAGGAAAAGUUUUUCUUGAAUUCGAUGAACCUUUUUGGCCAGUGGACGAUAAUAAUUGGAGUGAAUACUUUUUCCUGUGGAAUGAAGACGAUCUUAAAAAUAUUUCUUCAACCGAAUUGAAAUGGAUUGUUAAUGUGAUUGGUUUCUUUAAAUUAAAAAGUUUUCCAAACGUUCUUGAAGGAAUGAUUGUUGGAGAUGAUUCAAUUAAAGAGUUCGAAAGAUUUGAUGACAAGACGCUCGUUGAUCAAUUUACAUGGUUGUUAGAGAAGUUUCUAGGAAAAAAGGUGCAAAACCCCAAAGCUAUGAUAAGGAAUCGAUGGUUUUCUAAUGACAACUUCCUUGGUACUUAUUCAUAUUUAACUAUGGAAAGUCAAAAGUACAGAGUCACUCCAGAUACACUUGCACUACCAUUGUACAAUUCAGACGGAAAACUCGUGGUUUUAUUCGCUGGAGAAGCAACACAUCAUAAAUAUUCUAGCUACUCACAUGGAGCCGUUGAAUCAGGUUGGAAAGCAGGAAAUGAAAUUGCGAAAUAUUUGAGUAAAUUUCAAUAAUUGUAAAUAUUUGUGACAAAAUAAAAUUUUUAAUGAAUAAAUGAAACAAAGUUCGUAAAAUUCACUAUAACAAUUGGAAAA